CAUUAACUUUAUUCCAUUGACGUGGAACAAAAAUGUUUAAGUUUUUGGCUCUUGCGCUGCUUUUUGUAGCUUCAGUCUCAUCGACUCCAGUGAUCCGUCAUCGAUGGCAAAUCAAUGCCAAUCAAUUAAGCAAUGACAUUAAACGUGGAAGUGGCAGAAUUGUUGGUGGUGUCGACACUGACAUCAGUGAAAUUCCACAUCAAAUUACACUUUACUUCCGUCGUGGAUUCACAUGCGGUGGAUCGAUCUUGAAUACAAACACAAUCUUGUCAGCUGCACAUUGUACAUUCGGACGUGACCAUGCCGACUUCCAAAUCCUCGCUGGAUGGACCAACCGUAUGGAUGGUGCUGCACACAUCCAACCAGUCAGUGAAGUGCGUGAACAUGAAGCUUAUGAUGAUUGGGAAUUGUGGAAUGAUGUUGUCAUCCUCAAGUUGCCAACUCACUUAGUUGAAGGAACCAACAUUAGACAUGCCAACUUGCCACCACCUGGACAUUUUAUUCCAUCUGGAAUUGAUCUUACCGUCUCGGGCUGGGGAACCAUGCAAUGGGGAGUUAGCUCAUUCCCAGCUGUCUUACAAUCCACACCAGUUCCAUCGAUGACAAAUGCUGAAUGUCAAGCUAUUUAUGUUGAUGAAGUUCUUUUACCACAACAUGUAUGUGCUGGUCGUGUUGGUCAUGAUGCAUGUCAAGGUGACUCCGGCGGUCCAUUGACUGAAAAUGUUGGAGGUGCUGGUGCUAUGGUUGUCGGUGUUGUCUCAUGGGGUUACUUCUGUGCUAGAGAAUACCCAACAAUCUACGCUAGAGUUUCAUACUUCUUGGACUGGAUUCGUCCACAUAUGUAAAGCUUGAAUUGAUGUUGAUUAUGGAUAAUAAAAUGAUGAAAUUUUUGUUGAAUGUUUG